AUGCCGUGGACCGCAGCUGAGCACUCGCAAAAAACCUUCAUCCGGCCCCUGGGCCCAAAUGAAAUCUUCUUCAAGUUGAUCAGUGACCCCGGCCACGCGCUGGGUCGGGAGCACUGGGCCAUCAAUUACACCGUCGCCAUCCGUCCUCGUGGAGACUUCCCGGCCGAUCUUCUCCCAACCCUAAUCCGCUACUCUUGGUUGCAGCUGCGCUUCCACCACCCCAGUCUGGCCGCGCAUCCCGACGCCUUCAACGUCAACGUCGUCUACACGGUUCCUGCCUCGGCCGAUGCGCUUAGGCAAUGGGCCUCCCAGACCUUCUUCGUCGAGGCCGACGCCCAGUCCGCCGACGAGGUGAUCCGCACCAUUGCCCCGGCCCCGGACGCCCGGCUAUACUACAUCCCCCAAACGGGGGAACUGCUCCUGCACACAGCACACUGGCGGAUGGACGGAGUGGGCGGCCUCCUGCUCCUAGGCCAAUUAGUGGACCUGAUGGCUUCGAACGCUAGCAACCUUCUGUCCGCGAAGCUGCCCGAAGCCUUCGAGGCCUUCUCCUGGGGAUCCGAGAUUGACCGGCUGGCGCCCCUCGUCGAAGAAGCCGGCAACAUGCCCCUCACCGCGACCGACGAGCAAAAAGCCAUCGCCCACGAGGCAGUAGGCACCUUUGCCCACGCGACGGGCGCCGUGGGGGUAUCCUAUAUCGGUGAUGCCUCGACCAUGCCCUCGGGCACGCGGGCCGCCGAGCUGACCUUCUCACCGACCCUCACCUUCGCCGUCGUGGCCGCUGCCAAAGCCCGCGGGGUGGGCAUCACGGCCGCGGUUCAUGCCAGUCUCGCGGCGGUCAACUUCCGGCGUGCCAUCACCGGCCGUCACUACACCAGCACCAUCAAACAUUCGCUGCGGCCAUAUCUGCCCGAACCGUACUCGACGCCGGCGGUGGCAGCGGCGCUCUUCACGUCCGGCUGGUUGGCGCGCGUUGACGCCUCCAACACCUGGGAGGAGAAUGCCCGCAAGUUCAGGGCUGAGUACCAAAAGGGCAUCAGCAGCGACUAUAUCCAAGCCCACCGCGAGUAUGCGUCCACGUUGGUCGAGGUGCUUCGCAACCUGCCGACGCCGGCGGAGCCGCCCAGCGAUAUCGAUAUGAGCAGCAUGGGAAUCAUGGAGCAAUAUUUGCAGCGCGAGUAUGGUACCCCGGAGCGUGGGUUUAGUAUCAUGUAUGCGGGAGUCGGCGUGGAAAUGCUGUCGCGUCAGGGCGUCGUGUAUGUCUGGACUUUCCGGGAUCGGUUGACCAUGCGGUUGGUGUAUAAUGAGGCGUAUCACACCGAGAAGCAGAUGAUGGAGAUUUUGAAUGAUGUGCGGGUGGAUUUGUUGAAGGAAUUGCAUGUGGAGGGGUAGACCUUUGAUUGAUAGAACGUAGAAUUUAUCUAGGGUUCAAGAAAGUCAG